CUCCCGCGGCCGCCUUCGCUUACCCAUCGCCCCCUACGCGAGAGAGAUCGUAGCAUGGAUACUCAAGCUAAGCUUGCAGUUGUGGUGAAGGUGAUGGGCCGCACUGGAUCUAGAGGUCAGGUUACCCAGGUUAGGGUUAAGUUUUUGGAUGACCAAAACCGGCUGAUCAUGAGGAACGUAAAGGGCCCCGUGAGGGAAGGUGAUAUCCUUACCCUUCUUGAAUCUGAAAGGGAGGCUAGGAGAUUGCGCUGAUAAUAGUAAUUAUUAUUAUGAUACUCUAUGGUCUUUCUUGCCUACUUCAGUAGUCUAUUUCUAUUUGUCUACAAACCUGUAUUAUCGGCUCAGUGGGUUUUGUUCAUUUUUUUUGUCGCAUGGAUUGUGUUGAAAAAUUGAGAAACUGCUCUAUGUUCUGUUUUGGUAUGAACCCAUAAUAUUUUAAUUC